AGCUCAUGCUGAGCAUAAGGAUUGAAGUGGAUCCAUGCAAUUACCAGCUUUAUAUGGCCUUUGAGAACUGGGAACUGAAUGUCACCUUGUUCAGCUACACCUGGGGGACUGUGGAAAAAAUCAACAUUGAAAAUGCAUUAAUGUUGAGCUACUCCAUUGACAUGCUGACAACAGAGAAAGUCUUCUCUGUGUCCCUCAACAUCAUGCUGUGCAUUGAUGACGCAUGCACCACAACCCCAGUACUGGACCAGGUCUGGGUACCCAUACCAGUGUGCAACACCAAUGCCACCUCAUUCGCCCUGCCUGGUGAUGGGACAGUGGGCGGAUUCAUACGACAGCUGGGUGGCCGUAUUGGAAACUCUGCUAUUGACCUGGUGCUGGAGAAACUUAACCUGAGUCAAUAUUUGCAGAGUACUCCGUGUGAUACAGGAAUGCCAGGCACUUUGAGAAGUGGUUGCCCAGCUGUGGAUAUCACCCAGCUUCCUGACUCUCUCACUUGCACCGUCACCGAUUCCUGCCUGGGCAUCCAAUGCUGUCUGGAGAUGGACUUGAAGAUAACUACUCGCAGCAUCAAUGCAUGGCUCAUUCUGGAUCCCUGCAACUUUACCGUAUCGGUGGGUUUUGAGAAGUGGGAACGAAGCGUCACCUUGUUCCAUUACCCUAUGGGAGAUGUCAUGGAGGAGGUUGUGAAUGAUGUCCUGAGAAUGAGCUGGCGAGUAGCCAAGAUCACUGAAGAAAAGCAGCUUGAGGUAGACUUGUCGCUAGUUCUUUGUAUAGAUGGAGCCUGUGACACACUCACAGUACUUUCAGCAAGUCAUCUGCCGAUACCACUGUGUAACACUCCAGAUCCAUUCACUCUCCCUGGUGAUGGCACCGUAGCAGGCUUCAUGACUUACCUUGGAGGUAACAUCGGUCAGUUUGCCAUAGAUGCAGCUUUGCGUCAUCUAAACCUGGCCAGCUUCCUGACAGGAAAGGCUUGCUCCUACCAUAGGCAAGAUGUCUGUGCCAGGUUUUCCAGUGUCCCAAGCAACUGCUCCCUGAUUGGUGAAACCUGUACAGAACUACAAUGCUGCCUGGACCUUGAUCUAAAGAUAGCUGACAUCUCGGCCACGGCCUGGUUCAAGUUUGACCCCUGCGACUUCACCUUCACGUUGGGCCUGGAGAAGUGGUCCUUCCAGGGCUCUGUCUUCAGCUAUCAUUGGGGAAAAGAGAUGACAGUUCCCAUUGCUCCAGGAAUGAAUUUUAGGUCAGUAUAUGCUGAAGAGUAG